AUGGAAUGGUUUCUAAUAAUUGUAACAAUAGCAAUGGCAUUUUUAUUGCUAGUUGUGAAUUUUUACUUACUUGUAUUAUAUUGUCAUCGUAUGAAUAUGAAAUUUAAAAUAUAUAGCAGAUGAUAGUGGUUGGGGUUCAUCAUUAGUAUGCAACAAUUUUUGUAAUAAAUGGAAUGACAUUGACAUGGGCUUAAGUAUUGAUGUUGCCAUUAGAUGCAGCAAAUUCAAGGUAAUGAGAUUGAUAAAUAGAAUUAGAGGACUUGGAGAAGGUUUGGAUAUGGAUUUCUUUUGGAAAUUUAUUUACAUGUUGAUCUUAAUAUUUGGAGCCCUUCUUAUACCAUUUGCUUAAUAUUAUUAUGAAUCAGAUGAUGAGAAAUCACUAGGUUAAAGAUGCUGUACAGCACUUUAUUAAUAAUUAUGUUUUGUGAUAAUAAUAGCUCUUUUGUUAUUUAUUUCUUAUGCAUUUUUGAGAUUUGCAGAUAUUCCAAUAUUUAUAUCAUUAAAAUCUUGUUCAUAACCAACAGUAUUUAUGAAUUCAGAUACACCAUUUACAGGUGUUGCAAAUUCUUUAUAAGAAGAUUCUGAAGAUACUUUGGAAUAUGAAGUAAGUUUUCCUGUUUAUGUAAUGGCAUUUAUGUCAUUAUUUGGAUAUUGUUUAUUUUUGCUUUUUGGUGGAGUUGGUUUAACAGCAUUGCCAGUAGAUCUUAUUUAAGAAUUUAUAAAUAGACCUAAAAAAUUAACAUCUGCUGAAGGAGCAUAGAAAAAGGAAGUUUAAGAAGAAAAGCAUUUGAAUUAAUAGAUGAAGGCAAUAAAAUUAAGGAUGAUUAAAAAGAUGCAAUAAUAUAAAAUGGUUGAUGGGCUAGAUAUAGAGAAAAAAGUAGAGUGAGAACAUAAUUUACUAAAUAUAAAAUGCUGUUUUAUGUUUAGAUAGGGACUAUGAAAUAUUUAAAUUAGAACUUAAAUAUUUUGAUAAAAAUCCAAUCAUAUGGUAUUUUAAAUUUAUUAUUGGAAUAAUAAUUUGUGUAAUUUCGUUUAUAUGGUGGCUACAUAUGUAUUUAUAUUUAAUAAAUAAUUUAGAUUAUUAUUUAUUGUUAUAAGAGAUUCUGAUGGUAUAUCAGCAAGCCCUUUUCUUUACAAAAUAUUGUUUGGUUUAGAAGAGGGAAAUGCUGGAUUUUUAUGUGUUGGUAUAUUCGGAUUUCUUUGUGUAUAUUUAUUAUGGUGUACAUAAAAGGGAAAUAUUAAAUUUGGUCUUAGAAUUCCUUUUCUCUUUUCUUUACAUAUUAUGAAGUAUAUUAUAGUGUUUAAAUUUUAGAGUAAAUGAGACUUGGAUGAAUACUUUUCUUUUUAAUGUAUAACUUAUGUUAAUUUGUUCAGUUGCAGUCACUUAAUUCUGAACUAAAGCCUUUUCCUAAUAUUAGACUUAGCACUAUUAAUAGUAACAUAUUUAUUUACAAUAAUAUAUAGUGCUCUUUAAUACUUAAAUUUAGUAUCUACGUUUCUUUACUUAUUUAUAUUCAAACAAUGUUUUUGAAAUCAUUUUAUUGGUUUGGUCAGUGUUAACUAUGUUCUAUUUACUUAUCAAAAGAUCAGAUAAACCUAAAAUACUAAAAGAAAUUGAAGAAAUGCAAAAAUAAUAAUUCAAAUGAACUUAAUAAUAAUUAUUAAAUGUUUAUACUUAUAUUUAUUACACAAGUAUUAGGAUCAUGCAUUUCUAGCAUUGGAAAUUUAAUGGCAGAUACAUUAACAGAUCCAAAACUUGAAUUAGCUUAAUUAGCACCCUACAUCUAUUUUAGUGGCAAAGGGUAUAAAUCUUCAUUCACUUUUUUAGGAUUAAUGAUUUUGGAUUGUAUGAAGAUUGUACUAAUCAAUAUCAAUAUGCUGUCAUUCAAUUCUUUGUUCCUACUACUCCUGCAUCCGUUAACGUUGGAAUUUGUUUUACUAAAUCAUGUUCCAUUACAGAUAUCAACUCAUCUAUAUAAACAGUCAAAAAAUGGAUCUUAGCAGUCGCAUAAGAAAUUACACAGGUCUUGAUUUGAAGUUAUAUUUCAGGUUGAUCUUACUGAGUAUGAACUCAAAUUCUUGGAUUCACAAAUUAUCGCUACGCCUUAAUCAUCUACUUAUUUACUCAUCUCAUUUUUGAUUGCAUUCUUUUUAUUGUAAAUAUUUGUAACAUGUUUUCAUAAAUAAUAAUAACCUCAACUUAAUUAAUAAUAAAUCUAAUUAGAAUAUUAAUCAUAAUAAAGAAAUAUUUAAGAGGUUAGCACUUAUUUUGAUGAAGAAGAAUAAUUUAUUAAACAUAUUAAUUAAAAUAUAUAAAAUAAUAAAAGUAGAUAAUUAAAUGAAUUUUAUGAACUUAAUGUAAAUUUCAAUUUAAAAAUUAAUUAUUAAGAAUGUUUAAAACCAUAAGAAUCUAAAUAUUAUUCAUUAAAUGGAAUACGUCUUUUAGGAUUUUUAAUGUGUGUUUUUGGAAACACAGGAAUUUCAAUGUUACUAUAAUGUGAUUUUUAUUAAGUUUAACAUUAUAGCAAGCAUUAUAUUUUAUUGAUAGUUUUUGGAUGUCUCUAUUCAGUAGAAAUAUUCUUAUGGCUUUCUGGAUUUUUUGCUGUAUUUUCACUUAUAAAAUUAAAUUGUGUUUAUCAUUUACUUUUAAGGAUAUGGAAAAUCUGGCCUUUAAUGGUAUUGAUAAUUCUAAUAAAUACAUAAAUAAUUCCAUACUUAGGAGAUGGUCCAAGAUGGUUUUAUAUUGAUAGAUAUACAAAAUGUGGAAAAUGGUGGUAAAAUAUAUUAUUUAUCAAUAAUUUUGAUGAUGAAAAUUAUUGUACACUUUGGUUAUGGUAAUUAUCACUUGAUGUUUAAUUGACUAUCAUAUGUGCAAUAAUCAUAGUUUUAUAUAAAAGAAAUAAAAAUAUUGCAAUAAUAUUAACAAUCAUCUUACUUGUUGUAUCAUAAUCAUAUGUUAUAUAUACUUGUAUACAAAAAUAAUAUGGGAUUCCUUAUUUUGCAGCAUUUACAACUGAUAUAUAUAAAUCAUUUUAUUAUAGACCUUGGUUUAGAGCACCUCCUUAUUUUAUAGGAAUGCUUACUGCUUUUUUUGUAAUCAAUUUCAAAAGGAAAUUAAAACUUUGGUUUCAAAAUACUAUUUAAAUUAUUGGGUUUAUAAUAAUUGUUUACCUUACUGUAGGUUGGUAUGAUACUAUGUAAUUUGGAGCAGACUUUUAUCCAAAAUUAUAUUCAUAAAUAUAUGAAGGUAUAAUGAGAACUGUUUAUGCUAUUGGUAUCACUUUAUUUGUUUUGCCAAAUUUAUUAGGAAAUAAUAAUCUUAUCUAUAAAUUAUUUAAUUAUACUCCAAUUAAAUAUAUUGUUAAAUUUACAUUUGCAGGAUAUCUUUUACAUAUGUUAAUAAUUGAGGUUAUUAUAGCAUCAUUUUAUAAAAGUUUAGAUUUCAAUGUUCAAAGUAUUGGAUAAGUAUAUGUUGGAUGUAUUUGUAUAAUUGCAAUUUUCAGUUUCCUUUUCAGAUGGAUAAUUGAAUUACCAUUCCAAAUAAAACAUUAAAUAAUAGAAAAACCUUAAUUUAAAUAAUAUAUUUAGAAAAAGAAUGUUGAUUUGAUUUGA